UCGCCACUCUCAGUACAGUGUUCAUGACCAUAAUUGUCACAUGGGCUGUCACGUGUGCCAGCUCCGUUUCUCGGCUGUUCUGAUUUCGAAUUGUGCCAAUCAACAUAAACAAUUCUUACAAUGAGUUACCCAUAUCCGUCCGGGGGAAGCCCUUACCCAAACCAGCAAGGUGGCCCUGGAUACGGAGGAUACCCCAUUGGUCCUGUCUAUGGUUCAUCAGGUCCAGGAUAUCCCCCUGCAAAUCCGUCCCCUGGAUACCCUCUUCCCUCCGGUCAAGAGUCUUCUAUGCCUGGUUCGGGUCCAGGGUACCCAAUUAAUCCAGCUCAGUCUUUUCCUACAGCAGCAUAUCCAGGUGCUGUGCAGCCAAACCAAAAUUACCCAACAAUGUACCCUCCAGCACAGGGUACUGGAGAUGGUUUCUCAUCUAUGCCAACGAGUGGGUUCCCUGCUCAACAGGGGUAUCCUGGUUUUGGGUCGGGCUGCCCAAUGCCUCAGACAGGUGGCUAUCCCGCAUCACAGGGACCAGGGUAUCCUCCAUCACAGGGAACAGGGUACCCUCCAUCACAGGGGACGGGGUACCCUCCAUCACAGGGGACAGGGUACCCUCCAUCACAAGGGACGGGAUAUGCUCCAUCACAGGUGGCAGGCUAUCCAACACAAGCACCAGCCUAUCCCACUUCACAAGCAUCAGGGUAUGCACCUCAAGCACAUCCACAUGGCCAAAUUUACCAGUCUGCUGGAAAUGUUACAAGCGCUUCACGCGGGUCUGCCUAUCCAACCUCGGGGGCUCCGACGAUGAUUGGAAAAUACGCUUCACCAAUAGCAGCAAGCUCCGGAUCACCGCGACACAUGGCUUCCAUUAAGCCCUAUGCAGGUUUCAAUGCCAAUGAUGAUGCCCAGGCACUACGAAAAGCCAUGAAGGGAUUUGGCACAGAUGAAGCGGCCAUUAUUGCCAUUCUGUGUGCAAGGAGCAGCGACCAACGACAGCAGAUCAUGGUAGCAUACAAACAGAUGCAUGGGCGUGACCUCAUCAAGGAUCUCAAGUCUGAGCUGUCCGGGAAGUUUGAGGAUGUAAUCAUAGGACUGAUGACUCCCAUGUACGAGUACUUGGCAUCUGAAGUGAGGCAUGCCAUUUCUGGAAUUGGUACUAAUGAAGACACCCUUAUCGAAGUGCUUUGCACAAGGAGCAACGCUGAAAUCAAUCAAAUCAAAUACCAAUACAAGCAAAAGUACGGCAAGGACCUGGAGAAAGAUAUUAUUGGUGACACCUCGGGAUAUUUGAGACGCAUCUUGGUUUCAGUGUGCAAUGCAGCAAGACCCGAAGGGCAACCUGUGGAUCCUGCACGAGCUGCAGAUGAUGCCCAGAAGCUGUACGCGGCUGGUGUCGGACAGUGGGGAACGGACGAGUCAACUUUCCGCACAAUCUUGUGCUCCCAGAGCUUUGAACAACUCCGGCAGGUUUUCCGGGAAUAUGCCAGGCUCACUGACCAUGACAUCAUGGAAGCCAUCAAGAAGGAAAUGUCUGGAGAAAUUAAACAAGCCCUCCUCACAAUUGUCAAAGCUGUCUACAACACUCAGUUGUACUUCGCCGAAAAGCUGCAUGAUGCUAUGAAGGGAGCCGGAACAGAGGACCGUGUGCUGAUUCGUCUGGUGGUAAGCCGCUCUGAGGUGGACCUUGCAAUGAUCAGGCAGGAGUACUACAGAGCAUACGGCAAGAGCCUGGAGGAAGCAAUCAAGGGUGACACCUCAGGUGACUACAGGAAGGCCCUCAUUGCUUUGGUGUCUGGAAACUAAGGGGCCUCCCACGCACAAUCGACAUUUGAAGUUCAUGUAGGGUCGUACUGCAGCAUGGUGUCGCUGCAUUGGUUCUUUCAAUGGUACUAUAUUGUGACUUCCAGUGGUGUUUCUUUAAUUAUGGGUAGAUUUCUGGGUAGUUUCACUUAUAAUCAACCAAAGGGCACCAGUUACAUUUUUAUUUUCUUCAGAAAAAAAAUAAAUGUUAUUCCUAAUCCAAAAAGAAGCAAAACAAGUCUAGUCGCAGGUGUCUCUGCAAUAUUUCCUUCUUUUUUUGGUGUGCUCAAUCCUCCGAACGGCUGCUUUCUUCUGAAAGCAAUUUUUUUUGCACUGGCAGAAUGGGUGGUGAAGAUUUGCUUAAGACAAUUAAAUUUGGUGGCAAAACCCGUCUGAGAAUGUCUUCUCACUACGUAUCGCAUUUCGUUGAAUGUUGCACAUGUAGUCAUGAGUUACAUAGGGGGCUAGGCACUUUCUCAAAAGAUGGGUAAAUUGAUCAAUGUUGAGUGCUAACUUCUUAAGUGUGCUAGAUUCCGACAUGACGACCUCUACCUCCUUGGUGCCAGCGCACGUCUCCAAAGAUUCCGCCUUCAAUGCGCUCUCACCUGGACACGACGUGCACCUACCCAGCUUGCCCUGUCUUAUUUGUGUUAGGCAAAAGCACAAUGAUUUGAGGUCCUCAAGCGUAAAACUCUUGUCCGAAACAAGACCCUGUGCAUUCAGGCAUAAGUCGUAGUUGGCACAGUAGAUGCAAAUGCACUCUUCCAUGUAGGGCCUCAUAGAGACAUGUGACGGGUGAAGGGAAUAGAACUUUGUCAGGCUCAUUUUCACUUUGGGAUGCGCCCCCCGAAACUUGCGGUAUCUCCCCCGAAUUGUUCGUGACAUAUAGCGCUUUGCCACUAAGUUGUUGGCAUCUGCUCCACGAAUUUUCGCACCAUCUCGAGGCCCUGGGCUUUGAAUGGUGCAGUCCAAUUCAUCUUUCGGGUAACACUAGAGGACCAACUUCACAUUCUCGGGAUCGAUAACAUUCCUGCCGGAGUAUUGAUCAGGCGUUGCCCAUACUCCGCCGUUUUCCCGGAGCCUUUGACUCUUCUUGAUCAUGUAGGUUGUAGCUUCGAGAAUAUCUUGAUGUAUUUUAACCUGGGUGAAUGACAAGGGGAGUAAAAUCAAGAGUCGACGUCUUUCCUGCGUGGCGUUGCUCGCAGCAUACACCUUCCACAAGUUUUCUAGCAACUUGUCGCGUUGUCUCUUUUCUACAGUUUCUUCUUCCACAGUAAGGUCCACAGCAUAAGCGGAACUCAGCCGGCGACGACUUUGACACGGCACUUGCAAUUUCCUUCUGCUUUCGUUGUUUCAUGCGGUACAGGGUGCCAAACUUCCGUCAGCGGCUUUAGUGGGCUGACCCCAGUGUCGUGUUCACAACUUAUCUUGUUCACACUUUACACGAUUUCAGUUGGAUCACAAAAUUCUGAGUCUUCGGAGCUAGGAGGUGAAGGAUCUUGUUGGCUUGAGGGUCCAGACUCACCGAGCUGCAAUCGGAAUGCGUUAUAGCAGUUCACACCUAUUUCAUCAGUAUCAUCAACACGGUCGGCUUGAGACGCAGGCAAAACAGUUUUUAACAAAGUCACACCAAUUAGUGACAUAGCCUGAUUCGCCUUCGUGUGUCACCCACUGUAAUCCAGGCAGAACACCCGCUUCUUGCUGUAGAGACUAGGGUUGCCACAAGGCCGGUAUUAUACCGGCACGACUGGUUAUUUGUGCGCUCUGCCGGUUGCCGGUAGGAAGGUGAUACCGGCAGCCUUUUGCUGGUAUUUGUGGCUCAAGACCUUUCAUGGGGGCUUUUACGGGGUUUUCCCUUCAACAUUUCUCUACAGCUUGAAUAAAUCUGGAGCACAGGCCCAACUCUGCAGUCACCAGUCGUUUUCUUAGUUAUCCAUUAUUGUUAUUAUUUAUUGUUGUUAUUAUUCAUUUUUAUUCAUCAAGCAUUGUGUUCGGUGGGGACAAGAGCAGUGGUUGUGCAAGGCUGUUGGUGGUUGUGUCGAGCCAGCUAGAACGUUCCUCACCCACUUUCCCUUUCCCACGAGCCUUUCCUCCUUCUCCUCUAUUCCACCUCCUCUCAGACGGUAUUUUUCACUUCGAAAGGUGGCAACCCUAGUAGAGACUCGUUGCCAUUGACGUGCUAGAAGAGCAUGCUAUAGCCGGUAGCCAAAGCCAAAGCAUGCCAGUAUCCAAAGGAACUAAACACGUAACUGCGAUACAAGCGUGCAAAACACCGAGUGUGGAGAGCAAUGAGUGUUGACAGCUGAAGUCACUAAAAUUGUUUGACUCGCUGCUCCUACGAAAAGACCGUGGUUUCUUUGGUGAAGGACAUCGUCAUGAAGUGGACAGUUGAGAAAUAAAUAACCUCCCGUGCACCCACAACCCGUGAAGACCAAACAGAAUUAGGUGCUUUUGUGUGUCUGCAAAAGUCGUGCCCUUGGUAUUCUUACUUUUCAAUGCUUCAACACUGCGCUUACUUCAAACCAGAAAGCAAAGUAGCCGAUAAGGCUUCCCAGACUUGCUUACAUAAAGCACCGAGCUCGGAAACAAAUGGACGCCGCAAAGCGCGUCUGGUCCUGAAAACAGUGUUCUGGCACCCCAUCGCGAUUACGGCGUCACCGUAGACGGAUGCCUGAAGGUAUGAUAAUGCACUAUGUACUAAACGAAAGAGUAAAAAAAGCUCUUUGAUCUCGUGUAAGUUUUGUCAUAUUCGGAAAUUGUGGGACCAUGUAAGAAAUUGGCAAAGUUGCGCUACGAACGUCCUCUGAGUGGUUUUCGUGUCUUCUUUUUUUUUUUUUUCCCCCAAUUUUUUGGGGGGGGCUUUGUCAUCGAAUUUAAUUGUCUUAAACAAAUCUUCACCACCCAUUUUGCCAGUGAAAAAAAAAAAAAUUGCUUUCAGAAGGAAGCAGCCAUUCGGAGGAUCCAGCGCACUGAAUUUGGAAAAGCUGGAACUGCCCAAAUCGCGCUCAUUUACUUGGAGCCUCGCCGACCGAGAACGAAAUAUCGCAAAGACCUGCGACUAGGCUUGUUGUGCUUCUUUUUAUAUUAGGAGUAACAUUUAUUUUUUCUCAAAGAAAAUAGAAAUUUCACCGGUGCCCCUUGGUCGAUUAUAAAAAACUACUCUUCUGUAUUUUUGUGUAUGUGCUAUGUUGUUUUCACAAGAACCGCGAUUCACAUAAGGAAUCAGGGUUUCCGGUGGCUGUAGCCCGGUGAGUUGAGGCGAUUUCUAUAUUUUUGUGUAUCUGCUACAUUGUUUUCAUAAAAAACCAUGAUUCAUAUAACGAAUCGAGGUUUCCGGUGGAUUGUAGCCCGGUGAAUUGAGAUGAUAUAUUUCUGUAUUUCUGCGUAUUGUUGCUACAUUGUUGUCAGAAAACCCAAGUUUCACGUAUUGAAUCAGGGUUUCCGGUGAAUCGUAGCCCGGUGAAUUUGCUUGAAAUACAGAUACAUUUUGACUGUCAUUUUAAAUAUAUGUAGAGAGAUGUUUUAUAUCUAUAUAACAUGGAUAUGCAUUUUGUUUGUUGCAUAAAUACUGCUGCCUACUUCGUAAUACUUGAUGCCUUGCCUUGGAGUUUUCUCCAAAAGGGAAGAACAAAGCAUUGAGCAUCCUCCCUGCUUAUUGGUGGGGAAAUCACUAUUUGCUUACUUGCUGUGGUGUCCAUGCCACCUGGUGGGCACCUAACUAUCCCACACGUGUGAUUCAUUACCAUUUAAGCAUUUAAAAUGUGUGCCAGUACAUUUCAUUGAGAACUGUUUAAUGUUGAAACAUGAAAGAACUGAUGUUCUGAGGCUAGAACAACAUAGAAGGGACAAACACAUACAAAGCCUCAAUUUGCCUAAGAAAUUAACGAAAGAUGAAAGUCACUGAGAAGGCGUGUUAGGUUAGCUCAAUUGGUAGAGCCCUGGACCGGCAAUCCAGAAGAUGUGGGUUCGACUCCUACAGCUGGCUAACCUUUUCAGUGACUUCAGUGAUCUUUCAUUGUUUAAUGUUGCUUUGCAUUGCAGUGGACUCAGCAGGACUUGGUACUUACGCUUGAGAUGUGCCUUCAAAAAUAAUAUUUGAAAUAUUGAUCCUUUUGAUGUGAUUAAUAAAUUUAUUCCAAAACA